AUGGCUGCCGCUCGACUAAGUCUCGAUGAGUUAAGCAUAUCGGCAAGACCCGCAGAACCAUUGCUCGCAUCCCAGUUGAUUGGCGACCAAGACCUUGAUGAGCUGCUGGAGAGCGUAUGCAACGUCGAUCUUCAGCACAAAGAUGGUGUUGCAAGAAACUUACUGCAAACUGGAGUCAAAAGCUUGGACGAUGCUUUCGGUGGUGGGAUAAAGAGCAGCAGAGUUGUGGGAGUCAGUGGAGAAGCUGGGGCGGGUGGGAGUGAGGUCUGCUCUACGCUGCUUGCGAUCUCUCUUCUUCAAUAUGAGAACUCAACGGCUGCCGUUGUCGAUACUACAGGCAACUUUGAUGUGCUACAACUUUACACUAUGAUUGUCGCUCAACUGUCACGACGACCAAAUGUCCAAACGUCCUUACGUUCCUCACUAAAUCACGGGCCUGAAACUCCGACCGAGGAUCUGGCAGCAAAGGUACUUGACCGCGUCAAGAUUAUGCGUGUUUUCGAUUUCGUGGGUGUAAGAGAGGCCAUUGGUGAAAUCCGGGAUGGGAUCGAAAAGAAGAAGGAUGCUGAACGUGCUUCAAGUACUGAAGAGAAGAAAGCGACGUUACCCAUUGAGGAGCCUGCGCAGGAGCCGCCCGUCAAGAAGGUGCCAGUGAAGCGAACUUAUGUUGCGGAUAGCGAAGACGAAGAAGACGACGAGGAGAUGUUAUUCGAUUCAGACGUUACCGACACCACAGCCGCGCAGCCUGUACAGGACCCAGAGCCAACCCGGAUCGAAGCAUCAGAAGACAUGGAUGCAGAGACUGAACCGGGACCUAUCAAGAUCGUCCUGAUCGAUAACCUCGCUCAAGUCCUCAACCCUUUGUUGAAGAAAGACCAUAUUCAAGGUAUCCACUAUUACACCCCAGCCCCAACACUGACUGACCAGUCCCAGCAAACGCGUUAG